AUGUUAAACAACAAGAAAACAGAACACUCCAUCUCUAAAGACACAGCUCAAAUCAAGAAAAGACAAAAAACCGAGAUGGCUCAGAAUGGUUCGAACAGUACUGUGAAGCUGCUUGGGACAUGGUCGAGCCCAUUCGCCUUGAGGGCUCGAAUCGCUCUACACCUCAAGUCCGUGGAGUACGAGUACAUAGAAGAAGCCGAUGUUCUGAAAUCGAAGAGCGAUCUUCUUCUUAAAUCCAACCCAAUCCACAAGAAAGUCCCUGUUCUCAUCCAUGGAGACGUUUCAAUCUGCGAGUCUCUCAACAUCGUCCAGUACGUCGACGAAUCCUGGCCGUCCAAGCCUUCGAUCCUCCCUUCUGAGCCCAAAGAUCGGGCCUUUGCUCGUUUCUGGGCUCACUUCGUUGACGGAAAGUGCUUUGAAACGAUCGAUGCGGUGGCUGGAGCUAAAGAUGACACAGGGAGGAUGGCGGCGGCGGGGAAUCUGAUGGAGUCUCUCGCGGCGUUGGAAGAGGCGUUUCAGAAGGGCAGCAAAGGCGGCGACUUCUUCGGAGGAGAAGACAUUGGAUUUGUCGAUAUCGCAUGUGGGGCCAUAGUGGGCCCACUCUCUGUGAUCGAGGCAUUUUCAGGUGUGAAGUUUUUGAAUCCAGAUACAACACCAGGCCUCAUGCAGUGGGCCGAAAGGUUCAGAGCCCAUGAAGCGGUGAAGCCUUACAUGCCUACCGUCGCCGAGUUCGUCGAGUUCGCCAAACAGAAGUUCAAUGUUCAGUGA